GCACAUGAAAAAAUGUGAGGUUAUGUUUGUUGCUGCUUGCUGUUGCAUGAGUACAUCAAGACAAGUAAAUCGUGUAUUGAAUGGAAAAUUGGAUUGUUACUAUUUCAUUUAAAGUAUAUUUUAUGUGCGUUCGACUAUCUCUUUUAAAAAUAUGGAUAGUUAUUUCUCAACAUUAGGAAUAAGUACAAGAAAAUUACAAAAGGUUUUGUAACCAACGAGUGUAAGCUGCUGAUAUUUCAUCAUGAGUUACCAGUAUUAUUAGUAGUGUUAUUAAGCUUUUUGAAUCUUAAUAAUAUUAAAUUUUACUCUGAUAUUAAUGAAAGUUUGGUUUCAAAAUGUUGAGCAGUAUUCAAAAACUCAGUUCUCGUUUACCAUUUGUUCUCGCCUCAAAAAGUCGCAUUUUAAGUAAAGUUAGCUGUAGGUGUUGUGCUCACAGAUUAAAGUCGUUGAAUACAGUUUCAUCAAAAGAAGUGCCGGCUAAUAAUAAAGAGGUUUUACCCAGGAAAAAUACCGACUUGAAGAUUUUGUUAUCGCAUGAUAAAAUCAACGAAUUUCGGACUAGAAACAAGUUUUAUAGCUCUGAUGUCGGGAGUGAAUUAGAUUUCUAUUCGGUGAAUGAUAUAGAUGAAGGUGCUUCUUCAAACAAUCUACGGAAUUUUUUGUUCCCAGCCACCAAAGACAAUGUGAUAGUUGAUAUUAACAAUUGUAACAGUAUUCAGGAAGUGUUUGAUAUCAUAGACAAAAUGAAAGAUGAUGAACUGAAGGUGGAACAUUUGUGUCAAUCGCUACUAGUGCUGUGGGAUUUGCAGCGACAGUUUUGUACCAGUGAUUAUCUAGCACAGUUUUUGUCAACAAAAAACUCAGUUUUCAAGUCUUAUGUCAAUCAGAUUCACUCACAUUCUAGUUUUAAACGUGUCCUAACGUUGAUUGAUUUGAAAUUUGAGGAACUAUCAGAGAAUGCGCUAGCUUGUAUGGUGCUCUACUUAUUAAAAAUGGGAUUGGAGUUGAGGGAACCUCUAAUUCGAAAGAUGGUUUGUAGGAUGGAGGAUUUUAUAAACAAUUGUAAGCCUGGAGAGUUAUCCUUGUCAGCUUUAUCACGGUUCAGUGUGGCGCUCUGUUUCCAGAAAACAAACGAUGAUCUAUGGGCUAAAUGUGCGCUCAUAUCAGUGAUGCCACAUCUUGUUUAUUGGAAUGAAGCGUGCGAGACAGUGGAAGACUUCAAGCUGGUGACAAUCUGCAUGUGGAGUAUUCUGGAGUUUGCGCCGCGACGCCUCAUCGACGACUACCAUUCGCUGGUGGAGCGUUUCCUCAGCAAAGACGCGGAGAUUCUGCCGGGCAGUCUGGUGAAGUGUGCCUUUGUGCUCGACCCGCCCUCCGUCUACAACAACCCCUACCGGAAGACCAUUGUUCGUGUGCUGCGGCUGCUUCAGGACAGGGUUAACCAGUUGAACCACGUCGGCGAGUUUCUCAGGUUGAAUAAGGUGUUCAUCUACCACUCAGAGCCCUCCUCGCUCCGUGUGGAGUUGAGAGACAACUGCCAACGCUGGCUGAAGAGAGACGAAGACAACGAUAUCAUAGAGGAAGAGCUGAGUUGUGCACUGUUUUACUGUCUGGCUCUGAACACGCCGCACUCGAAACGCUACAGGCUGGCGUCGACGGCUGCCAAGCUGGUCGAGUGCACCGACAACGUCUAUGAUCUGCUCAUGUUGGCCUCUGGACAGCUCAGGACUGUCAUGCAGUCGGUGUAUUCCAGCUUCUGGCCGAAAGUUUUGGCGUUCGUGAAGGAAAGCGGCGAUGAUCAGCUGCUCACGGCUGUAGCGUUUCGGUACGUGGAGGUGAUGUCGACAAAACGGUGCGUGGAAUUCGAGAACGAGGUGCUGGAAAUGUUAUUCGAGCUGUUGGACCGAGACUCUGUGAUGGGCCCCAGUCGAUUGGCACAGGUAGCCAUGUGCACCUUAUCUAUAAUGGACUCAUCUGCGCAUGUGCAGUACAGCCGGCAGCUGACGGCGCUGUUUGAGCGCGUGUUUGCGCAAAUUGGGCGAUUCAGCAUUUUCGACACGGCCAGUCUGUCGCGCGGUCUAAUGCGUGUCGUGCGACAGGGUCGCGUCUCCGACCAUCUGCCGCUCUACAUUCAGCUUGAAAAAGAGCUUAGUGCCACCAGUCUGGAAUUCUUGGACGACAAGAGUCUGUCGCUGUAUGACAUCAACCUGCUGUGUCGGGGCCUCAUCAAUCGCACGCAAUUCAAUGUCGCUUCGUCGCCGUAUUUGUCCAGAGUUCUUGAAAGGUACCGCGACGUGGACUGGUCAGAGAUCAGUUCUCGUUCACUGCGCUACUCGAUGUUCAACCUGGUGCGACUGCACUGCUGUGUUCCCCCUCUGCUGUCCAAGAUGGUGGCCUAUGUGGUGCAGGAGGCCGAUAAUGUGACGGGCAGCACAGUCAGUCUCCUACUCCAUGGACUCUACAAGCUGGGCUACUUGCCCGAUGACGACCGAUUCUAUGAGGCUGUCAUUAAUGCUACAAUCAAGGAUGCAGACAUGAUGGCCGGUUUGGCUCUACUGCAGACAGCUCUGGCUCUAGCCUGGGCCAACCGACUGCCCUCCUCCCUCAUCCAGGCCAUUUUCGACGUCGACUUUCUCAACGAUCUCGACCACGAAAUCAAAUUCGGCUACUCAAAGAUUUCUUACCCAAUAAGAGUGAGAAGGUGUCUGAUGAAGCUGAAUAGAUCGGUAUGUCUGGACUUCCCCGAAGCCGGGGUGCCUUGGUUCCACGCCGAUUUCUGUAGACAGGAGGAUCUACUGCAUGAGUCCAAAGUUUAUUCUCCACUCAAACAGGACGUCGAGAAAAUAUUGAAUUUCCUAGCUGGUAGACCACAUAUGAUUGGACGAGACAUACCUGUCGACUAUGGAUAUAAAUUAGAUUUCCAAGUCAAUUUGGAUAAGAACAACAGAAUAAUCCCGUAUAGAAAAGGAGCAGAUCCUCAUACCAAAGUGGCGGUUUUGUUAGGAGACGAAGCGGACUGGAGCACGUCAGGCGUUCAGCGCACUCUGCGGGGGGCGGGGCAAAUGCGGCGCCGCCAUCUUGAAAUACUCGGCUUCCGAGUGGCCCUAGUCGACCAGUUUGUGUGGAGCUCCAUGUUCAUGACUGAACCCUCCGCCAAGGUCACCUAUUUGUCCAAUCUCAUCGUGCCCUCCUCAUGAAAGUAGUCUAUUAAGUCUAGUUUACGUCAAUAUAUCAACUCAAAUGAGUAUGAACACAACAAAAUGCUGUCGUCAUGAUAGUUAGUAUUUAAUUAAGUUCAGUCGUCAAUAUGAACUCAAAUUAAUGUGAACAUAACAAAAUAAUGAUAGUAUUUUAUUCGUAGAUAGAUAAUCGAAAUAUAAGAUCAAUAUGAACUCAAAGUAAUGUGACCACAACAAAAUUAAAACAAAAUGCCGUCUUUA